AUGAGCGCACAGCGGUGGUCGGAGCUGCCCUACACCCGUGUUGCCUCGGUGGCCAUGCGGCGCUACAAGGUCCUCUUCAAGAAGCACGACGAGGAGCGCUUCGACAAGUACCUGGAGGACGUGGAGGCCGGCAAGGCCAAGAUCUCGGCGGGGGCGCUGCUGCCCCACGAGAUCGCGGCGGCCGCCUACCGUGGCGAGGAUGACGACGUGUCCGAGCUGCAGUGGCGCCGCAUGGUGGACGACCUCCGCUCCAAGGGCUCGUUGUGCAAUUGCAUCUCAGUCUGCGACGUGUCCGGCAGCAUGACCGGCACUCCCAUGGAGGUGUGCAUUGCGCUCGGCGUGCUCACGUCGGAGCUCAGCGAGGAGCCGUGGGCGGGCAAGGUGAUCACCUUCAGCGAGAGGCCUGAGCUCCAGCUCAUCAACGGCAAGACCCUCCGUGAGAAGAUGAGGUUCGUGCAGCGUAUGGAGUGGGACAUGAACACCAACUUCCAAGCAGUGUUCGACCAGAUCCUCCGCACGGCGGUGGAAGCCCGGCUGGCGCCAGAGAAGAUGAUCAGGACUGUGUUUGUGUACAGCGACAUGGAGUUCGACGAGGCGUCGGGGCACGAGGAUGACGACGACGAUGACUACUCUGAGGACGACGAUGAGGAGGACGAGGAGGAGGAAAGGCAGCGGUCGUGGAACACAGAUUAUAAGGUGAUCUGCCAGAAGUUUAGGGACGCCGGGUACGGGGACGUGGUGCCGCAAAUCAUCUUCUGGAACCUGCGCGACUCCAAAUCGACGCCGGUGACGUCGACGCAGCCCGGGGUGGCCAUGGUGAGCGGCUUCUCCAAGAACUUCCUCAAGAUCUUCCUGAAGAGGGACGGCGUGGUGAACCCCGAGGCCAUUAUGAUGGAGGCCAUCGCCGGCGACGAGUACCAGAAGCUGGCUGUGUUCGACUAG